UGUCGCCUGCAGUUCUCCGUCUGCCUGACCGUGGUCUUCCUCCUGCAGCUGGCUGCUGGCGUGCUGGGCUUUGUCUUCUCUGAUAAGGCACGUGGCCAGGUCAGCGAGAUCAUCAACGGGGCCAUCGUGCAUUACCGGGACGACCUGGACCUGCAGAACCUCAUUGACUUUGGGCAGAAGGAGUUCAGCUGCUGCGGGGGGGUCUCCUACAAGGACUGGUCCCAGAACAUGUACUUCAACUGCACGGCCACCAACCCCAGCCGGGAGCGCUGCUCUGUCCCCUUCUCCUGCUGCCUGCAGGACACCCAGGAGACUGUCAUCAACACCAUGUGUGGGCAGGGGAUGCAGGCCCGGAGCUACCUGGAGGCCAGUGCCUUCAUCUACACCAACGGCUGCAUUGACCGGCUGGUCAACUGGCUGCACGGGAACCUGCUGCUGCUGGGGGGCAUCGCCCUGGGGCUGGCGGUCCCUCAGCUGGUGGGCAUCCUGCUGGCUCAGAUCCUCGUCAACCAGAUCAGAGACCAGAUCAAGCUGCAGCUCUACAACCAGCAGCACCGGGCAGACCCCUGGUACUGA